AUGCAGUUCACACAAUCUCUUCAAUGCCUCCUCGCCCUCGCAGUUGCUGCAAUACUCGUCGUCGAGGCGCACCCAAUCGACACGAGCAUCGAGGAGAGACAACUCCUCGGCCUACCUCUCCCCAUCCCCGCAAUCCCUGGACUGCCCGACUUAGGCGCCCUUCUCCCCGGGCUCCCCCUCCCAGCACUACCGGCGCUACCGGCAUUCCCCGCCUUCCCCGCCUUCCCGGCGUUCCCGGCCAUCCCGGGCCUGCCUAUCCCGGGCCUCCCUUCGCUCCCGAUCCCCGGGCUGCCGGCGCUCCCCUUACUGCCCCGCGCUGAACAAGAGUGGCCCGCAUGGCCCGCGUUCCCGGCAUGGCCUGCGUUCAAGCCAUUCGCGCCCCUCCCAGAUUACCCGGUGCUCCCGGCGCUCCCUGCACUCCCUCCGCGGGCUUUCGCCCCUAGAUCGUUUCGCUCGCCCGAGUCGGCGUCGUGA